UUUUCCUUUAUUACAUUAUCUUUUUUCUUCUAGUAUUUAGUACUUAAGAUAAUAAUGUCAAUACCUGUUCAACAAAAUAGACCUUAUUCAGUACAAACUCUAGCGAAACUGUAUGGGUUCGAUCUGGUAUCAGCUUUAUCUUCUUCAGCAAUGGUAUCACCGUUUAUCACUGUGGUUGACAGAGCUAUUAUUGAAAAUAUGAAUGGCAAACGAUCACUAGGACCAGGUUUAGUGUAUGGAGCAAAAAUGGUGUUGACACGACCACAACGAUUUAUGAGUUCACGACCAUUCCAUCUUGUACUUGGACUUUAUUUCAGUACUUACGCCACAGCUAACAUUGUCGACACUACUGCAGAAUACUAUGGUAUGGAUCCCUCCAAGACAUCAAUGAUCAAGUUUAUUGCCACGACGGCCGUCAACAUGUCAGUAUGCAUGUACAAGGAUCGUUCGUUCACACGUAUGUUUGGCACAGUGGCUACAAGGUCUUUCCCCGUUCUUUCAUAUCUCUUAUUUGCCAUGCGUGAUUCCUUAACUGUGGCGGCUAGUUUCAAUGCACCUGUCCUUCUCUCCUCUUGGCUCCAACAGACCGACGGUUAUUGGAAACGUAAUCCUAGUACUUCUGCCGUGGUUUCUCAAUUAACUUGUCCUUCCUUGGUUCAAUUCAUCAGUACACCUUUACAUCUAUUGGCCCUGGAUCUCUACAAUCGUCCUGCCAUUUCUGUCCAUCAACGCGCUACAUUGAUCCGUGCUGAAUAUUUAAAAAGUGCUGUCGCUCGUAUUGGUCGUAUUGGUCCUGCUUUUGGCUUUGGUGGUAUUGGAAAUACAAUGGUGCGCAAUAAACGAUCCUUUAUUUGGCAGCGUCAAGAUCUCUCACUGUAGUAUAGAAUUUGUAUAUAUAUAUUUGUAUAUAUUUAUUUAUUAUUAGAUAUGAUUAGUUAGAUGGUCAUUGCCAUCAUG